CUCAGUCGCCUCUCGCCGCCCCGCCCGCAGGCGGCGCCCUCCGGCCCAUCUACCGCUGGGGUCGCGAUGGGGCAUGUGCGCUCAAAGGUCUGCGUCCGCACUUCCUGGUAGCCUAGAGCAGAGCAGCUGCGGGGUUCCUGGGCUGUGCUCGCCGCCCACGCCCGUCCCUGGUCACCUGGGGCCAGGCGCGGCAGGUGUCCGAGCAGCGACCUCCUUGUGUCUGCUCCGGUGCGCAGCGCUGGGGAAGCGGAGCGCGAGCCGGGAGCCGCCGCGCCUCCGGUGGCCUCGAGAAGUGGCAGCAUUCUGGAGGCGACCACGAGGAGGACCCAGCCUGCAGAGGAAGUUUCAGCGGGGAGGAGACGCUUACUUCACCCCAGCUUGUGCAAAUGACUUGGCCUGUAAGACCGGAGUUGUGUCUCUAGAAUAGAAUUACUGGGAAUUGCAGAGCUUAUUCACAUGGUGUUUUGGUAUGCCAAGAACCAAAAGUAAGAUAAUUGAAGGCAGUAAAACUGAAGCGAAAUAGGAAGAUCAUCAGCUAAGAAAGGCCUAUGGGAGAAAGCAGAGGAUGAAAAAUAAAGCACUGUUUCAUUGGAGCAACAGGCCUUUGAAAUUUAACUAAAAAAAAAAAAAGAUGACUAUUCUUACUUCAGAGAACUGCUCUUUUCAGUACCAGCUACAUCAAACAAAUCAGCCCUUAGAUAGUAACACUCUGUUAUUCUUGAUUGUACUUGGGAAAAUAUUACUAAAUAUCCUCACACUAGGAAUGAGAAGAAAAAAUACCAGUCAGAAUUUUAUGGCAUAUUUUUGCAUUUCACUAGCAUUCACUGAUCUUUUACUUUUAGUGACUGUUUCCAUUAUAUCCUAUUUCAGGGAUUUUGUACUUUUAGGCAUUAGGUUUACUAAAUACCACAUCUGCCUGUUUACUCAAAUUAUUUCUUUUACUUAUGGCUUCUUGCACUAUCCAGUUUUCCUGAUAGCUUGUCUAGAUUAUUACUUGACUUUUUCUAAAACCACCAAGCUUCCAUUUAAGUGUCAAAAAUUAUUUUAUUUCUUUACAGUUACUUUAAUUUGGAUUUCCAUCCUUGCUUAUGUUUUGGGAGAUCCUGCUAUCUACCAGAAACUGAAGGCACAGAAUGUUUAUUCUUAUCAAUGUCCAUUCUACAUUAGCAUUCAGAGUUACUGGCUGUCAUUUUCCAUGGUGAUGAUUUUGUUUAUUGCUUUUAUAACCUCUUGGUCAGAAGUUAUUACCUUGGUACAGGCUAUUAGGAUAACUUCCUAUAUGAAUGAGACUAUCCUGUAUUUUCCCUUUUCAUCCCACUCUAGUUAUACUCUAAGCUCUAAAAAAGCACUUUUGCCCAAGUUCAUUAUCUGUUUUCUUGGUACCUGGUUACCAUUUGUACUACUUCAAGUAAUUAUCCUUUUACUUAAAGUACAGAUUCCAGCAUACAUUGAAAUGAACAUUCCAUGGUUGUACUUUGUCAAUAGUUUUCUCAUUGCUAUAGUUUAUUGGUUUAAUUGUCACAAACUUAAUUUUAGACACAUGGCGUUACCUGUGGAUCCAUUUGUCAACUGGAAAUGCUGCUUCAUUCCACUUACACUUCAUAAUCUGGAGCAAACUGAAAAGCCUCUAUCAAUAAUAACUUGCUGAUAUGUUGCCAUGUUAACACUGAAAUUUAUAGCUAUGAGAAUCAUAAUUUCACAAACAGGAAAGAAUGAUUGGGACAUAUAAAGAAUGAACUGAACUGAAUUUUCCCCCACCCUCCCCCAAACUUCUGUAUCUUUUCAGAAUGUGUUUUUUGGGGGCUAUGAGAUUAUUUAUUAGGUGUUUGUUUUUAAAUAAAAUACUUGCAAGAAAAAAAAAAUUAUACUGGUUGGCCAUACUGAUGUUUGUGUUACCCAGAAAACUACUGGAUACAGAUUGCUAUGUAAAUCUGAGACUGACCACCAACUUUUCAGAUAUGAGCUUAAAUAAACAUUUUUAUUAAACUCAGAA